AUGAAGGAAACUUCACCUGACUCUUCUAACCCCCGAACCUUUUCCUCUACCCAGUCGCAUUCCGCCACGAUCGCGACCACCAGUAGCAAUGGCAAUGAUGGCAGCAUUCACAAGCCUCUCGACCAGCCGGCCGAGAAGUCCGCCCCUAAGUUGGGAUCGCAUAACGGUCCUGGAGAGGAUGACGGCGGCGCCGGGCAGCCCGCUACAUCUCCGCAAACUACGGGGUCGGGGUCUCUCAUAGAGACCAAGGCCGGUGAAGAGAAGAAACCUAUUGCUGCAAGAUUCUACUUGACCUUCAAGAAGAUCUUGUUCCACAGCUGGAUCAACCUCCUGCUGGUCUUUGUGCCCGUCGGCAUCGCCGUCGAGUUUGUCCCGAACAUGCCACCCGGAGUGAUCUUUGCCAUGAAUGCCAUUGCCAUUAUUCCGCUGGCAGGGCUCUUGAGCCACGCUACCGAGACUGUGGCUCAUAGAUUAGGUGACACAAUCGGUGCUCUGCUGAAUGUUACGUUCGGCAACGCCGUGGAACUUAUCAUCUUUAUUGCACUUGUCAAGGAUGAAAUCCGUAUUGUCCAAGCUUCCCUCCUCGGCUCGAUCCUCGCCAACCUUCUGCUCAUCCUGGGCAUGUCUUUCCUCCUUGGCGGUUUGCGCUUCCGAGAGCAGAUCUACAACAGCACUGUUACACAGAUGAGCGCGUGUCUACUCAGCUUGAGUGUGAUCAGUCUUGUUUUGCCCACGGCCUUCCAUGCCUCAUUCAAGGAUCAAAACCUUGCGGAUGAGCAGUCGCUCAAGAUUAGCCGAGGCACCAGUGUGAUCCUCCUCCUGGUUUACAUCAUCUAUUUACUGUUCCAAUUGAAGUCUCAUGCCUACAUGUAUGAGUCUACGCCGCAGAACAUUAUCGAUGCGGAAUCAACCCCUGGUCCUGUUGCAGUCUGGCUCGACACCUCAAGCUCUGAUGAUAGUUCAUCUUCUGACUCUGAUUCUGAUUCUUCGGGUCACUCGAAGGAUACUGUCUCAAAACGUGUCAAACGGGUCAUUCGUGGAGGGCGUCGCCGUAAAUCAAGUGUAGCCUCCAUGGAUACGACUGAUGUUGGGCCCACACGCACCCCCUCCUUCGGAACGGCGAACGCAGUUAGUCCCACUCACGAGUUCUCACCAACCGAAGAGACGGCUUCGCGCCCAUCUCUUUUCCAGAAACUGAAUGUGCCUGAUGGAGACGAGUCUGCUGUCGAGGAUGAGAGACCUCAUCGCCACAGGAAGCGGCAUCACAAGCGGUCUAUGCGACGCUAUCGUAGACAUUCCAAGAGACACAACUCAGACUCUCAUGGUGCUACCAGCCCGACUGAGGAAACCAUCGUCGAGAAUCCUGAAUUCGCAGAGAAGCCACUCGAGCCUUCAGGCGAACCUCGCCGUGUUGACUUCGCUCUCUCAAAUAUCACCCCCAACGAAGACGGCACUGUUGACGUGACAAUGGGCCGACGACCCUUCAACGCGCUUCUCGGCAUGUCUUUGAAACCUGUGGCGAAAAGCUUGGCUCCUACCGUCUUCACACAACCGCCGGAAUUGCGGGCUAUGCCUCCUGUACCUACUGGUCCAGUACCCCGUGUCCGCUUUGGCAUCCGUCGUACAAACUCGUUACCUGAUCGCCUGAAUCAAUAUCAGUUUCGACCUCCAGGAGCUAUGUUACCAUCGCAGGUCCCUCUUGCAGCGCUCUCAUCUGGAGCUGCUGCUGAGGAUGCUGCCGACAAGUAUGCGGGUGAUAUGUCGCGUACUAGCGCUAUCAUUCUUCUGCUAGUCUCCACUGGUCUGGUUGCUGUUUGUGCCGAAUUCAUGGUUGAUUCUAUCAACGGUCUUGUCCAAACCAGCACGAUCAGCGAAAUAUUUAUAGGUCUGAUCAUUUUGCCGAUUGUCGGCAAUGCCGCUGAGCACGUCACCGCCAUCACCGUCGCCAUGAAGAACAAGAUGGAUCUGGCGAUUGGUGUUGCUGUCGGUAGUUCUAUUCAAAUUGCCCUCUUCAUCACGCCUCUGGUUGUCAUUCUUGGCUGGAUCAUGAACCGAGAGAUGACUCUCUACUUCACCCUUUUCGAGACCGUAUGCCUGUUCGUUUCGGCAUUCAUUGUCAAUUUCCUGGUCCUCGAUGGUCGCAGCAAUUAUCUCGAGGGUGCUCUUCUAUGUGCAACCUACAUAAUUAUUGGUGUCGUGGCGUUCUACUACCCGAAUCCCCUUGACGCCAGCUCUUGGGGAGCUUAA